AUGAAAGCAUCUCUGUCGACUGUUUUCCUCGGCACCGCCUUGGCUCCCUUGGCUGCUGCACUGGCAGACGGUCUCGAGCUUGCAUACUCCGUGGACCUACCCACCCAGGGAAUGUUCAUCCCGUCUGAUGGCCGCAAGUUCCUCUCCCAGCGAUACUCGACCACCCUCCCGCCCAUCACAGUCGAGCUCCUCGCAGACAACACGACCGUGCUCUACCCCAGCGCCGAGUGCAACGGCUACAACGCCAGCGACCCGGACUCGGACCCGGCAACCACCUUCGUGAGCAUCGAAGGCGCCCGCAUCGGGCCCGAUGGGCGUUACUGGCUCGUCGACGGGGGCUCCUUGGGCGUCAACAAGUCGACCAAGCUGGUGGGCGUGAACCUGACCACCGACGAGGUCGACAAGAUCUACUACCUCGAGGACAUCCGGGGCUCGAACGGCGGCAUCGACGAUGUUCGCUUCGGGCCCAGCGGCGACGUCGCGUACCUGAGCGACACAGCAGGGGCCAUGCUUGUGCUGAACCUGAAGACCGGCGACGGCGUCCGCGUGCUGGCCGGUGAUGAUUCCGCCAUGGCUUGGUUCCCGAUGAUGUACAACGGCACCCUUGGGCCCGGCUACGGUGGUUCUGGCGGCUUGUCUGUUGGCUUGGACCAGAUGGAGGUCUCUCCGGAUGGGGUCUACCUUUAUUACCAGCCGUGCAACAGUGGUCUCUACCGCAUCGAGACAGCCUACGUCGACGCGUCCUUGACCAAUGCAACCUUGGCUGCCUCGCUUGGGGACUACGCCACCCCUUUUGCUCUGACGCCCAGCACCGGCGGCAGCACAAUCGACGGGGAUGGCAAUAUCUAUGUCUCGGACACAAACUUGCUGGCCAUAUGGAAAGUCACACCUGAGGGGCGCACCACCAUUCUCGUCCAGGACGAUGCGCUGAUCUGGACCGAUCUGAUGUGGGUUACCGCGGAUAAUAAGCUUUGGUUGCCAGCCUCCCAGAUGCGCCCGGGUGCCGAUGGGCUCAUGGCUGAUGGGACAAACAACAUUUUCACUUACCCAAUUGACGCUGGGCCUUCACUUAUCGACCAUGCUUAG